AUGGCUGGUUUCUUCGCAGCUCUAGGCUCCAGCGGUCCUCUCUUGGUUCCGCACUUCUUCGAGCUCUCUGGCACCAACGCCGAGGAACCCAGCUUGUGCCCACCGAAGUCGCUCGUCACUGUCGCUUUGGUCUCGUUCUGCGUCUUUGCUACUCCGGUCUCUUACUCGAGAGCCUUCGACACACUAUGGCGCGCACUCCUACUCUUCCGUCUCUUCUGCGCGGGCUGGCCCCUCCCUCCAACACAUGUUCUCGACACCACCCAUCCUCCCAGUGAACAGACCACCACCGCCCCCAGGUCGACACCCACGCCAGCUAUCCCAACAGCCCCUUCGGCUUCACACGCAUCCACUUCUUUAUUCCUUCACAUCAAGACCCCAGAAGGCGCGCCCAAGCAAAGACCAGCUCCGAACGCAACCCAAGCUCCGAGUGCACCCACACCUCUUCCUCUUCCCGCCCCAGCCAUCGCAAAUCGACCCCCGCUCCUGGAAACCCUCACCGACCUCCGCGCGGGCAGCCACCUCUUCGACGAGCAGCUCGCGGGCCUGCGGGCGUCCAUCGCGACGCGCGAGCGCGAGCACACGCGGGUGUGCGCGGUGGUGCGCGCGCUGAGCGACAAGAACGCGGCGCUGGUGCGCGAGCGCAACGCCCUCAAGGAGGAGCGCGACAAGGCGCGGCGGGCGGCAGAGGCGGCGACGCGGGAGACGGGCAUGUUGGUGCAGGACAAGUCGAUCCUCGUGCACAAGACGGCGGAGCUGGAGAGGGCGUUGUCCGCGAGGACUACCCGUGGAGAUGACGCCGCAGUUCUUGUGGAGCGGCUUCAGAGGGAGUGCGCCGCGAUCAGGGCAACCUUCAAGUUCCUCAUCACAGAGCUCUCCAGGAGCCGUCGACAUCGGAGACUUGCUUUCGACGACGCCCUUGGACACGGCUAG